UUUAAAACAUUUUUGUUUUAUCAAUUAUGGAGUCCUUCAAGAUGAAGAUGAAGAAAGUACAUUAAGUGAAAAUGCAGAAAAUGAUUCAAUUGAGAUUAUUAAAGGAAAAUAUCAAUCACCUCCUACAACCAAAAUUUCCAUGCUGGAGCCUAACUCUUUAGUUGAUUACAACACAAUAGAUUAUGUUAAAAGCUCAGAAAGUGUUAACCAAAGUGAUCUAAAUAUCAAUGACAAUGAUUUUUGUGAAAUAAUAUUUGAUGGUUAUCAUACAAAGGAGAGUUUAUUUUCAAAUCAUAUUGAUAAUGAAAGUAUUGUACCAAAUCCUAAUGAUUGCAGAGUCCAAAGAAUAAAAUAUCCAACAGUAAUUGUGAUUGGUGCAGGCUUAGCUGGCUUAAUGGCAGCACAGACUUUAAAAGAAUUGGGAUUUGAUAAAAUUACUCUUUUGGAGGCUAGGGAUAGAGUUGGAGGAAGGAUAUGCACAUAUAAUCAUAGAAAUUUUUGUGUUGAUUUAGGAUGUGAUAACUUUUAUACUUAUGGAACAAAUGAGAAUCCUUUGUCAAUUAUUUGCAAGCAGAUUGGAGUAUCCAGAGAUAAAUGUGAAUUAAUUGAGCAAGAACUUAAACAUUUAUUAGGACUUGUGUCCCGUAUAACUCAAGAGCAAUCAGAUGAUGAUCAAGUUAAGAACUCGGAAGGUCCAAAGGAUUUGUCUUCUGAUGAAAUAUCUUUGGGAGAUGCAGUGGAAUUAUUAAUAAGCUGCAAGGAAAAGUGUGUGAAGGAGAGGCAACUCGUAUACUUGCACGAAAAAAUAUUAUAUCAAAAUCAGCUGAUCGCCUGUAUAGACGAAUUAUCGGAAUUACGGGAAGAUUUAAAAUGCAUUCAAGAUGGGGAAUAUACUAUCCACGACUUAGAUUCGCGGUAUCAAAAUAAAACGGAAUUGCAUUCAUUUUUGCAAUCAAAAUUAGAAUACAUGGACAAAUUUAGUCCAAGCGAUUUUUACUUUUCCUUCCGAGACCGAAAUAUUUUGGAUUGGCAUUUAGCGAAUAUAGAAUACCAGAAAUCGGCGGAAAUGUCUAAUUUAUCCGUAAAAACAUUUGAAACUACCAAGUCUGAAAAAUCAAUUGAAGAAUUAUCGUACGAUGCUGAAAAAUUAUAUAAAAUGGUUGAAAAAGGGUUCGCUUCUAUACCUCAUUCUUUGGCUAAAGGAUUGGACAUCAAGUACAAAAAGGCCGUAACCAAAAUAUCAUAUGAUCUCGAUGGUGUUGAAAUUGAAUAUCAGGACGCGGGCGAAAUAAUUAAUCUCAACUCGAAAUACUUAUCAAACCUUAAUAAAUCUCGAAAGGACAAUCACAAAAAUGUUGGUCUCGAAACGGCCGAUUUCAAGAUCCUUUCAAAUACCGAUAAAUCCUUCGAAGAGACAGAGAUUGUUGGCAUGGGUGAACAUUUAACCAAAAAUAAAUUUACCAUCAAGGGUGAUUUGAUUGUGUGCGCUCUACCUUUGGGCGUGUUGAAGGCUUCCUUACCUCCUUGUAUGGAUACCAUCUUUGAAGGGAUGGAGAAUGUCACCAUGAAUACUUCGGAUAUACAGGAAGCUCUAGAAGAUAACGAUGAUUCAUCGAAUGGAUUUGUUCUUAAAAAUGCAAAAUAUUUACCUAUGUAUUUGCGUGCCAAUCCCAAUAAAAUCAUUUUUGAUCCUCCUUUGCCCGAAGAUAAGGUUGCAGCUAUACAACGACUCGGGUUUGGUGUGGUUAAUAAAGUCAUUAUCCAUUUUGAUAAAAUAUUUUGGGACCCUUCUUGUCAGAUGUUCGGAUACGCGGGUUGUUCUACUCCCGAGAGUCGAGGAGAAUUUUUCUUAUUUUGGUGCGUCAAUAAAACCUCUCCCAUCUUAACAGCUAUCAUAUCUGGUUACGCUGCUAGGUUAUUGGAAAAAUUGAACGAUGACUUAUUGGUGGAUAGAUGUUUGACGAUCUUAAAAAGAAUUUUUGGAAAUGAUAAUGUUCCUUUCCCAAAAGAGAGCAUCGUUACGAGAUGGGGAGCCGAUAUUUGGUCGAAAGGUUGCACUUCCUACCUACCUCCAGGAGUUUCCUCCAAAGAAUACGAUGUUAUGUCUCUCCCAACCAGGGCUAAAUACACUGGUGAUGAUAAUUCUCAAAAUUCAGGGAACCUCACAAAAAAUUCAGAUUACAAAAUAUUUUUUGCAGGCGAACACACCUCGUCUAUAAAUCCAGGUACUGUCUUGGGAGCUUGUAUUAGUGGAAUGAGAGAAGCAGUUAGAAUUUCUCAAAUGUACAAUCCUAUCAAAUAGGGCAUUUAUUUCAUUGAAUUAUUUACAUAUAGUACUAUUUUAUUAAUUGUAUAUUG